UGAGGUUUGUGUCGUCUGUGUCGGCGCCGGGCUGAGCAGGACAACCUCUCGAGCGCUCCAACUGCGGGAAACGGCCGACAAUACAAAUCAGGAACCGUACAAGCAGAGGCGAAGAAAUUAGGAGUAAUCAUCUCCAUGUGGUGAGAUAUGAAAGUAUUCAUACCAUGACUAUUAUUUACACGUGUAUAGCCAAGGGGCCCAUCAUCCUCGCUGAUCUGUCAUUUAGAGGUGGAGAUUUUCAGGGGACAGCUUUAAGUUUGAUCAGGAAAGUUCCGUGGACAUCUUUAUCCAGACACACCUUUGAAAGAGAGAGCUUCAACUACCAUGUUCUUUUCCAUAACGGAAUCACCUACAUUUGUGUCACAGAGCUACGUUUUGAUGCCUUAAAAGCCUUCAGGUUUCUUGAUGAGAUCUGUACAGCCUUUGUCAACAGCCCUCUGAUAAAGAAAGUGGCCUUUGCCCAGCCCUUUGAGUUCAGCACAGACCUCCAUCAGGUGCUAGGCCAGUAUAUGGCUGACUACGGCACACAGCCAGGCAUGUCCAAGCUGGAGGAGGUUCAGGUUCAAGUCAAUGACGUCAAAGGAGUUUUGAAAGAUAACAUAAACAAAGUCUUGGAGAGAGGAGAGCGGCUGGAUGACCUAAUAGUGAAAACAGAUGAUCUGCAGGCAACAGCCGACUCUUUCCAAAAAACCUCCACGCGGGUUGCUCGGAAGAUGUGGUGGAAGAACACAAAGAUGAUGAUCAUUAUAGCUGUGGUUGUGAUAGUCAUUAUCAUCCUUAUAAUCCUAUUGGCCACAAAUGUUAUUCCCACAUAAUUCAAUCCUGCCGGUCACCUUACUCGACUAACUAGUCAUGCUGGUAUGUCUUAGUAUUUGUCUUUUGAGAAAGAAAAAUAAUUUUUGUAGAUUCAUGAAUUCAUGAAUGAAAAUUAAUUCAAGUUCACAUUAAAAUGCAAAAUAGGUUUUACAUUUCUAUGCAACAUAUUUAAAAACGAUUACCUGAAAAUUAUUUUUGAGAACAGAGGGUUUUACUUUUGGUUUCUGCUCUUGAAAUGGGGAACUUUUAAGUUUCAGAGCUGUUUGUGAGAACAUUCUACUCAACUUUAUGAAACACAGAAGCUCUUUCCUCCUUUCUGUUCCUCUUGAGAGUGAGAUUUUGUCUUGCUUUUAGGUCUUACUAUAUUCUUCAUCUGACUAAUAAAACUAUUGUCAUAUGUAGCAUUAUUUUCCAUUUCCUUUUUAUACCAUUUCCUUUGUUUUUGCACAAUUAACAUGUAAAUGCAACAAAAUAUUAAAUUGACAUAGUUGUAUUCGUUUUUGUUAUCAAACUAUUCAAAUUAGUCAAAAGUUUUGAUCCCUGUUUGAAAGUGCCAAAAUCUAACCAAAAGCUGAGUAUUCCUAUUGUAAAUCUGUGUUUUGCUUCAGUUUUUACAUAAAACAAUGUUUCACUUAUGUGGUUGUAUUCAGAUAUAUUCUUAGGUAAAUUAUUUAAUGUGUUAAGAACACAAUCCUUGUGCAAUCUCAACAGUCUGAAGUAGUUACAAUUAGAGCAAACUGAAAGCUCACAUAAAAUGUUCACUGCAUUGCUGUAAGACUUAAUGCGAGUAUACUAGCCUGUUUUGGCUGCAUUUUUACAUGAACACGCAAUAAAGCUUCACACUUUUUUGAUUGGUC